GCUGCUUCUCCCAUCUAGCAAAACAAACUCCUCUCUAUCUCUCUCGCUCGCUCGCUUGACAUCGCGUCGGGCCGUGCUUGAUCUACGCUCACAGCAGCUCGUUGGUCGCGGCGAGCGCGCGACAUGAGAGCAGGAGGAGGAGGGGACACGAGGAGGACGGCGGCCGGGCAGGCCAUGGUGGAGCUGCAGGCCAACGCGUCGUCGGCCGGCGGCGCGAUGGUGGUGGGGCUCAGCCCGCUCAGCGAGACGCUGUGGCGGGACAGCAAGGCGAUGCCCGGGGCGGCGGCGGCGCUCAUCGGCGACGUGUCGGCGAGGCUGACGUGGAAGGACCUGUCGGUCACCGUGGCGCUCGGCCCUGGCAAGACGCAGACCGUCCUCGACGAGCUCACCGGGUACGCCGAGCCAGGCUCGCUCACGGCGCUCAUGGGGCCCUCCGGCUCCGGCAAGUCCACCCUCCUCGACGCCCUCGCCGGCCGCCUCGCCGCCAACGCUUUCCUCUCAGGCAACGUUCUCCUCAACGGACGCAAGGCCAAGCUCUCCUUCGGCGCCGCGGCGUACGUGACGCAGGACGACAACCUGAUCGGGACGCUGACGGUGAGGGAGACGAUCGGGUACUCGGCGAUGCUGCGGCUGCCGGACAAGAUGCCGCGCGAGGACAAGCGCGCGCUGGUGGAAGGCACCAUCGUGGAGAUGGGACUGCAGGACUGCGCCGACACCGUCAUCGGCAACUGGCACCUCCGCGGCGUCAGCGGCGGCGAGAAGCGCCGCGUCAGCAUCGCCCUCGAGCUCCUCAUGCGCCCGCGCCUCCUCUUCCUCGACGAGCCCACCAGCGGCCUCGACAGCUCGUCGGCGUUCUUCGUGACGCAGACGCUCCGGGGCCUGGCCAGGGACGGAAGGACGGUGAUCGCUUCCAUCCACCAGCCCAGCAGCGAGGUGUUCGAGCUCUUCGACAUGCUCUUCCUCCUUUCCAGCGGCAAGACCGUAUACUUCGGCCAGGCGUCGCAAGCAUGCGAGUUCUUUGCCCAGGUCGGCUUCCCUUGCCCGCCACUCAGAAAUCCAUCAGAUCAUUUCCUGAGGUGCGUCAACUCCGAUUUCGAUAAGGUGAAGGCCACCCUGAAGGGUUCCAUGAAGGCAAGGAUUGAGAGGUCGGACGAUCCUCUGGACAAGAUGACCACAUCUGAAGCCAUCAGAAAGUUGGUUGCAUCCUACAGCAGGUCCCAGUACUACUACGCUGCCAGGGAGAGAGUUAAUGACAUCUCACGACUCAAAGGAACUGUGCUGGAUUCAGGAGGGAGCCAGGCCAGCUUCUUGAUGCAGGCUUGCACACUGACCAAGCGCUCGUUCAUCAACAUGUCAAGGGACUUCGGGUAUUACUGGCUGAGGCUGCUGAUCUAUCUCCUCGUGACCGUCUGCAUUGGCACAAUCUACUUUGACGUCGGCACCAAGUACACAUCCAUCCUGGCUAGAGCCGCCUGUACCGCAUUCGUCUUCGGAUUCGUCACGUUCAUGUCCAUUGGAGGGUUUCCUUCAUUUGUUGAAGAAAUGAAGGUUUUCCAAAGGGAACGCCUGAAUGGUCAUUACGGUGUCGCGGCGUUCGUCAUCAGCAACACAAUCUCGGCGCUGCCGUUCUUGGUCCUAAUAUGCUUCUUGUCAGGAACCAUAUGCUACUUCAUGGUGCGCCUUCACCCGGGUUUCUCACACUACAUCUUCUUCGUUCUCAAUCUCUACGCCAGCGUCACCGUGGUUGAGAGCUUGAUGAUGGCCAUUGCAAGUGUCAUCCCUAACUUCCUCAUGGGGAUCAUCAUAGGAGCUGGAAUUCAGGGAAUAUUUAUGCUUGUAUCUGGAUACUUUAGACUUCCUUAUGACAUUCCAAAGCCUGUUUGGAGAUACCCCAUGCAGUACAUCAGCUUCCAUUACUGGGCACUGCAGGGUCAAUGCCAGAAUGACAUGGACGGUCUUGUAUUCGACAACCAGUAUCCGGACCAACCGAAGAUCCCUGGAGAUUUCAUUCUGAAGUACAUCUUCCAGAUCAACGUGCACCGGUCAAAGUGGAUUGAUCUAUCAGUCAUUUUCAGCAUGAUCUUCAUCUACCGCAUUCUGUUCUUCCUCAUGAUCAAGGUAAAUGAGGAUGCGCUACCAUGGAUUCGGGGGUACAUCGCAAGGAAAAGGCUUCAAAAGAAGGAACCUCCGGUUGGCAAGACACCCUCCCUCAGAGGCUACGUUGUGGAUCCAGAGCUUGGUCCUAACGAAAGCUAGAAGACAAACUGUUAGCAGAUAUAGGCCCAUUUCUUGCCGGUUCUUGGUGGAAUAUGUAUCUAAGAUCAGAGAAACUGGUAUUUAUACGUUUUGAAAAAUGAAGCUGAUUGGAAUACAGGUAUAUACAGACAUGUAAUGUGUGAAAAAUGGCAUCAGAGAUGCAGAGUUGACACAUAACUGGUGGUUCAGAAUUACCCUUCUCUUCUUUUACAGAUCAUUUACAGUUCUACAUUCAG